AAGUGCUGUUUUCUACGUAACCUUUAAAAAAAGGGGGGGGGGCCCCUCAGCGGUAGGAGACAGAGCAGAAAAGCAACCGCGGCUUAUCUACCCUCAAGGUCCAGUCAGCCGCAGUAGCCGCUUGACGGCAGGCGGCGGCGCUGGAGAGAGUAAGCGAGAGGCCCCGCCACGGCGUGAGGAGAAUGAAGCCAGGAGGAGCCGCCUCCACCACCACCACCACCACGAGCAGCAGCCAGGGAGCUGAGGCGGCCCCUUCAGCCGCCGCCAAGGCGGGAUUGGCGCCGGUGGGCUGCGAGGCGGCGGAAAAAGUGGUCCAUACCCGUUCGCAGGUGCUGUUUUCGGGCGGCGGCACGAAAGCGCUGGGCGACGCCUUCAAGCUUCUGGUGCCCAAGUCGACGGAGUUCAUGAGCUCCGACACCGAGCUGUGGAACUUCCUGUGCAGCCUCAAGCACCAAUUCUCGCCCGUCAUCCUCCGCAGCAAGGACGUCUAUGGAUACGCCUCCUGCCGGGCCGUGGUGCCGGACAUACCCCGAGGCUUGGCGACGGCGCGUAGAAAGUGCCGGCCGUGGAGGAGAGCCGCCGCCAGGGGGAGGCGGCUGCGAGUAGCUGCAGCUGCCCGAGGAGGAGGCGGCGGCGGCGCAAAGAGGGCGCCGAAGAAGCGCUGCGUUCAAGAGGCGGCGGUGCCUGCUGCUCGUCCUCCUCCUCCUCAGACUACGCCGUGCGAAGUUGCCUACCCCGUGGAGGGGACGCGGGCGCCCCCUGCCUCGUUGCCCUCGUCUCUCUCCGCCCUUCCUUGGGCUCCUCCUCAGGGCAGGUUCCCUGAGGAGAGCUGGAGAGCGGCCGCCCCUCGCCUCGCCGCUUUCCCCACCAUCAAAGUCCGAGGGAACGUGUGGAACCGGCGCAGCCUGGAAGCCAACAGGCGCAGGGCGCAGCGCAUCCUGCGAGUCGAUCUGGCACCCGUCGUGAGGAUGAGCCGCUUCCCUCUGGCCAGAUACUGAGGGAGGCGUUUCCCGAGAAGGAGCCACGAAUAAA